AUGUUUCUUUGGAAGAGAAGAACAGGUUACUAUACACAGGUUACUUUCUAUUUCCUCAUUGGAAAAAACAGUGAUGAUGUGGAUGGAUGGCUCAGUGCCUUAGUCAAGGUAAUGAAGGCCCAGAAAUCACGAUAUGCCCUUCAGGACAACAGAUUUAGAUCAGCAUCUGAACCUGUAAAGAGUUCAGAACCAAAGGUUGAGGAUGAGCCUGAUGAAAGACGGUCAGCACCUGCAUUAAUGCUAACUUACCCGUCACUGUACAGCCAUUAUGACUAUCCUCGCAAGCUCAGCGAACCUCUACUACCAGUAGCGCUCAAGAUUCCAGUUAUUGAGGAUGAAGAUGAUGAGGACGAGAUUCAGGAUGAAUCUGCAGAGGACAGUGAAUACAUGUCUAUGGCAUCAUUGCAAAGAGCUUUGGAAGAAGACCAAGAGGAGGCGUACACUACAUGCAUGCAGAAAAACACUUCCAUUAAUGGUCAAGAGUCCUCUGUGUGCAAUGGUGCAGCCAACCAGGAAGAGGACAAUGAAAAUAAACGAACAUUAAAAAUGUGGCAUCUGUUUGAAAUUUAUCAAUGCAUAUUUCUAUUCUGCAGUGAAUCGCACACACAUGUUGAGAAGGACAUCUGCGUUAGAAAAAAUGAUCUGAAAAACAGUCUGAUCUUGACUCAGGCAGAGGGCAAACCAUGUGUCUCUGACUGUCGGAAGAUUCAGGACUCGUGGCUCUUCCAUAAGGGGGACCAGAUCCUGGCCUUCAAUGACCUGCUUAUAGACACAGUUGAAGAGAUACAGACAUACGUAAGAAGACUAAGCAAGGAUGAGGUAAAACUCACUAUUCGGCGGCUCAUAGGAUCCCAGCCUCUGCACUCUGAACCCUGCCCAUCAUAA